UCGGAAGAACAGAAACAGGAGUCCCCCAAAGUCACAACGUCUUCUUUCGUUACCAGACCAUCGAAUUGACCUUCGCGGCUCUCUGCUCUACCACCACUCCCCUCGCCCCGCCCCCAUUCGCUGGUCCCUUUUCCCCCUCAUCUUCACCGGCUUGAUCUCACCAUGUUCUCUCGUGCUGUGCGUCCGGCCGUCAGGGCUGGCAGUGCUGUCGUCACCCGCACUGCCCCCACCAACGCGGCUAACUUCGCGACCCUGCGUGAAAUCGAGGGCCGUCUGAAGUCCAUCAAGAACAUCGAGAAGAUCACCAACACCAUGAAGGUUAUCGCCUCGACCCGUCUGACCCGUGCCCAGAAGGCCAUGGGCGAGUCCCGUGCCUACGGUCAGACCUCCAACACCGUCUUCGAGGAGGCCGAGACCAAGCCUCUCGACGACAAGAAGACUCUGCUGGUCGUCGCCAGCUCCGACAAGGGUCUCUGCGGUGGUAUCCACUCCGGUCUGAGCAAGGCUACCCGCCGUGUCUUCCAGCAGUACCCCAACUCGGACAUCGUCGUUCUCGGCGAGAAGGCCAAGGCCCAGUUGGCCAGAACCAACGCCGAUGCCCUGGUUCUGAGCUUCGCCAACGUCUGCAAGGAUAUCCCCACCUUCGCCGACGCCCAGGCCGUUGCCGACCAGAUCGCCCUGCUGCCCGAGGACUACUCCAGCGUGAAGAUCAUCUACAACCACUUCGUCAAUGCCCAGAGCUACGAGGCCCAGACCAUUGAGGCUUUCUCCGAGGAGGCCAUCACCCAGUCCGCCAACAUCUCCGCCUUCGAGGUCGACGAGGAGGCCCUGGCCAACCUCCGCCAGUACUCUCUCGCCAACAGCCUGUUCUGGGCUAUGGCUGAGGGCCACGCUUGCGAGAUUUCGGCUCGUCGCAACGCCAUGGAGAACGCCUCGAAGAACGCUGGUGAGAUGAUCAACAAGUUCCAGAUUCUGUACAACCGUCAGCGCCAGGCCGCCAUUACUGGCGAACUGGUCGAAAUUAUCACCGGUGCCACCGCCUCUGCGGACAUGUAAAAGCUUUUCACGAAGCUUUGGGAUGGAGUCGCCUUUGUGUAGACUUAAUCAUCAAUACCUAGAUACUUUCGCGUGUAAAUCAGUCACUACAUUUUCUUUGUUUCCUGGAUAUUCAGUGAUAGGGUCGUAUU